AUGCUUCAUAAAGUAACCAAACUCGGUGAACAGUGUCCUUCCCCUGCUUUUACCCCAACCCUUGGAUCCUUCACCUUCUCAUCUCGACGCUCCAAUAGCUCCGUGAUGUCCGCCCUCCGAUCUAAUUCGGCUUCCUCUUGUUCUGUACUGACCACGUUUCAAAAGGAAUGCGACACUCCUACACGGUUCCUACGCAAAGUAGCCGACGCCAUUGCCGAUGACAUGCGAGCCGGUCUAGCUGUCGGAGGAGGAGGAGGAGAUCUCAAGAUGAUCUUGACUUAUGUCGACGCUUUGCCUUCUGGGAAGGAGGAAGGGUUGUUCUAUGCAUUGGAUUUAGGUGGUACAAAUUUUCGGGUGCAUAGCGUGCAAUUGGGAGGAAUGAAAGAGCGUGUCAUAGCGACCAAAUCUGAACAGAUAUCGAUUCCUCAGGAGUUUAAGACUGGUACAAGUGAGGAACUGUUCCGGUUCAUUGCUUCAAAGCUUGCAAGCUUUGUUGAAAAUGAGAAUAUUCCGGAGCGGUUUCGGUUGGAAAAAGGGAGGAAAAGGGAGAUAGGAUUUACCUUCUCAUUUCCUGUGAAACAAACCUCCAUUGAUUCAGGGACAGUGAUCCAGUGGACCAAAGGCUUCGCUGUGUCUGGAAUGGAAGGGAAAAACGUGGUUGCUUGUUUAAAUGAAGCCAUGGAAGCACAUGGACUCGAUAUGCGAGUUUCUGCUCUCGUGAAUGAUGCAGUGGGAACAUUAGCUGGAGCAAGAUAUUGGGACAAGGAUGUAAUGAUGGGUGUGAUUCUUGGCACCGGGACCAACGCUUGUUAUGUAGAUCAGAAGAAUGCAAUUCCUAAACUCCAAAGCAUAUCUUCUUCUGGAACAACGACCAUAAAUACGGAGUGGGGAGGGUUCUCUAAGAUUCUUCCACGAACCAUUUUUGAUCAAGAGAUGGAUGAGGCAAGCGUCAAUCGUGGUGAACAUUUAUAUGAGAAGAUGAUAUCAGGGAUGUACCUUGGUGAAAUUGGAAGAAGGGUUUUGCUCCAAAUGUGUGAAAGUAGUCACUUGUUUGGACAAUCCGUUCCUGUAAAACUAUCCAUUCCUUUUGCACUCAGAACCAUGGAUCUAUGCAAAAUGCAAGAGGACAAAACAGAUGAUCUUCUGAUUCUUGGAUCAAUCCUUAACAAAGUUUUAGAGGUAGAGGCGAAUCUGGAGGNGAGGAAGANGGUGGCGGAAGUGUGUGACACAGUAGUGAAACGCGGAGGGCGACUGGCAGGAGCUGGUAUAGUAGCAAUUCUGGAGAAGAUUGAGAAAGGCACCAAAAGAUUGAGUUCAGGUAAGAGAACCGUUGUGGCUAUGGACGGUGGACUUUACGAGAAUCACCCACUGUAUCGACAGUAUAUGCAAGAUGCAGUGGUCGAGCUUCUUGGUGAGAAGCUUGCAAGUCACAUUGAGAUAAAAAAGAUAAAAGACGUGUCUGGGAUUGGUGCUGCUCUUUUGGCCGCUACUAACUCCAUUUACUAG